CGCGAAUAUAUUUAACGUGCUUGCUGCUUGUCAUGUUGAACAUUUAUGGUUGCUAGACGACAAUAAUGCACAUUUUAUCCGCACUACGAAGACAACAAACGACGCUGCGUUAUUUUCCUGUACAACUUACCGAUAAACAAGAAAUAUCUACAGAUUCAUCGACAUCAGGAAACAGCUGUAUCUUGGGAACUUCUUUUUGCGUCCAUUUCAGGACGGUUUUAUGUUGAUUUUAUUAUCAGGAUGCAUACAAAUAUGAAAAUGAGAUUGUCUGUUGCGUAAUAAUUCUCGGAUGUUAUAAACCCUAGCUUUUUCUCAUAAACGAGACAGUAUUAUGGUCCUGCUGUUGAUGACACGCUCUCUAAUAGGUGAUCACACAAUAAAAACAGUCACGCAUCACAGAGGCUAUAAUGUCUGUUGUAGCUGGUGAACUUGUCACUGAAGAGGAAGUAGAUGACCUGGUAGAGGACAGUCAAUCUAGCAGCUAUGUGUCUGAGACUGAAAAGAAGUCACGGCGAAAAAAGAAGGUUUCUGGAAGACCACCUCCAUCCCCUAAGUCACCCUACCUGAUCAGUACAAACUUGCAUCCAAAAAGAAAUCCAGUAGCAUCUUGGAAGACUGUGAAAAAGCCCCAGCUCCUUAACCCUGAAACCUCCCCGACGGGUACACCCAGAGACGUCUGGCUGCACUUACAGAAUGAUGCACAUGGGACCUUGUCAAAGUCUCCAAAAGCAGUGGAUCACAGUAUCACACAGCCCAGCACACCUGAAUACUUGAAGGAGGCGUUAGGAAUGAAAAAGCCAAAAUACUCUCGUUCCGCUUCUAACGGUUAUGUUCCAGGGACCCCAGACUACAAAGAAAAGGAGGAUAUGUAUGAUGAAAUAAUGGAUUUGAAAAAGACCCUCCAAGACCAAAAAACUCAAUCUGACAAGAUAAAAGCCAAACUUCGCCGUCUCGAAGAGGACAACGCUAAGAAAGACAGACAAAUCGAACAGCUGUUGGAUCCAGCAAAGGACCCAGAUUAUGCCAGGGUUUUAGUGGACAAGAAAACCGAUCAUAGAUCGAUCAUUAAUGGACUAAAACACAGAGUUCUGCGAUUGGAGCAGCAGUGCAGAGAGAAAGAGAACGCAUUGAGUCAACUUCAGGGUGACCUUAAAACUACCAACAUGCAGGAAAUGAAGAUCACAGUAGAAACUUACUAUGAGGAGGUUCAUAGGUUGCGUGCUCUGUUGGAUUUAUCAGAGAAAAGUAAUAAGGCAGAGAGCAAAAACAGCAGGCAACAGAACAAGACCCUCAGUGCGACUGUGCUGAAACUUACAAAAGCAGUUAAGCAGCUGGAGGAUGAGAAUCAAGAACUAAAACAGGAAAUGACACGAGAAGAGAUCAGCAUGAUGGACAGCCCUGUCUGCCGGGCCAAGGGUUAUAUGGAUUGGAGUAAACAGAGACUGGUGCGACGAAUCCUGGACCUUGAAAAGAGAGUAGAGCAGAUGAAGAAUCUGCAGGUCUCUAAAGUGUCUGACUCACAGAAGAGCCUGGAGGAAGUAUCUGAUUCUGAAUCUGCGAUUCAGAUCGAUUCUGUCAAAACACCGACACAACCAUCAGAGAUUCCAGAGACUCAUGCGUCUCUGAGGAAAACAGUUAAGAAACUUCAAGAAGAGAAUAAAGAGCUACAGGAUAAACUAACCCAGAAAAAUCAGGAGAAAAAGCAGACUUCUUUCGAGAAGGAUGAAAGGAUGAAAGAGAUGCUCCUUAAAGAACAAAUCAAAGACCAUGAAGAACUGAUGCAGACUCACAGGCAGGAGAUGGGAACACUGAUUAUAGAAAUCAACUGUUUAAAGGAGAAAUUGGAGGAGGAGAGAAAAAUCAUAUAUGCAAAAGAUCAAAGUCAGGUUCCAGACAGUUCUUUGUCAUUAACACUCACACAACCAUUAUCGUCAUCAUCGGUGCCAGAGCGAAACGUUGAACAGAUGGCCAAAAACAAAGCAGCUAACAUCAUCCAGACACACUGGAAUUCACACCGUGAACGGGAUCUGGUUCUUUUGCAGUCUAGCCUCAGAGGGCAUUUAACCAGACAGAGGCAAUUAGAAAAACAGACAACGGCAGACCUUAGACCCACCCCUGUUGCCAUGAGCCAAUCAGGUAUAAUCACUAAGGCUGCCGGUUGUGUACAGGAAAAGGAAGUCACACUUCUGCAGUCUGUUUUUAGGGCUCAUAUCAAACGUAGCACUCUGAGGAUGGAAAGCCCAUCUACCAAAACAGAAUCUCUAUCUUCCAUCCAUCAGAAAAAGCAGCAUUUCUCUGCUCCUCCACUCUUGUCCAUGAGAUCCUCAGGUGCCGCGUUUAGAAACAAAAUGCAAACCUCAGGUGGAGCUCAGAAUGGCGAAAAGAUAGAAGAUUUGAAUCCCGCUUCUAUUGCUUCAGCUGAACGGAAGGUCCUACAACAGCCAUUAGCAACAGAGACCCCAAAGACAGUCGAUUCCGAUGACUCUGAUGACAUCAUCAUGUCUCCUUCAAGGCCUUUGAGAAAAAGAGAAUCACUCUUAAGUCCGCUCAACUCUAAGGACUUGAUUUAGUUUUGUGUUUAGGCAUUUGAAGGAAAAGAACAUGUGCGUAAAAAAACAUAUAAACUGUCAUCUAUGGCAAUAAUAAUCAUUUUGUGGAGUGCAUGAAUAAUGGAUUAUUGUUAUCCAGCUAAAAUAAGUCUUCACACUCCAAAAGUGCCUUGCGUUGAAUAUUGGUUCAUGAAAGGAGGAUCAGGGAAUGUUCUGAUCUUCAUGUGAAAACAGAUCAAUGAAAUAAUACACUAAGCUUGUGGAACAGGACAUUUCAUAAAGGAUAUUUAAGCCAUUCGAUAAAUACAAAUUCCAGGUAUUGUGAGACUCCACAAUUGUGAUGUCCAUAACAAAAUGCUGUGUGAAAGGUUUGUGUUAACCUGUUAAUCUUCUGCUGUUGUAGAUAAAUGUUGGUGUGUUAUACCAUUUAGACUAUGUAUCCAGCACUGAAAACUGCUUGAAAUCUGUUCCUGUAUUUUUGUUCUAAGUGUACCUGAAUUUUUUUGUUCUUGUCAUUUUCAAUUCAUAUUAA